AUGAAACAACCUAUCAGUUUCAUCGACCAAAACCAUCCUCACCAUGUUUGCCGCCUUAAAAAGGCACUCUAUAGGCUAAAACAAUCACCUCGUGAAUGGUUUGCUACUCUCACCGGUCAUCUCCAAUCUCUCGGAUUUACGCUCAUCUCCUCCGAUCCAUCCCUUCUCCUCUACAACCACAACAGCGUCCAAAUGUACUUUCUAGUCUACGUCGACGACAUCAUACUUACCGGUACUUCCUCCAGUGCUCUCAAGAAGCUCAUCGCCAUCCUGAACGCCACCUUCACUAUGCGCGACCUCGGGUCACUCUCACAGUUCCUGGGUAUACAAGUCACUCUGACUUCGUAUGGUCUACACCUAUCUCAAAGUCGAUUCACACAAAGCAUCCUAGCACGCGCAGGUAUGAGUAAUUGCAAAUCUAUCUCUACUCCCUUUCACUCCACCAGUUCAAACACAAACAAUCUAACUGCUUCUUUUUCCAAUCCUAUUUUUUAUCGCCAACUCGCCGGAUGUCUUCAAUAUCUUACCCUUACUUGGCCGGACAUCGCGUUCACUGUUAACAAGAUCUGUCAACACAUGCAAAAUCUAACCGUUCUACAUUUCGAAGCCCUUAAACGCUUACUUCGAUAUCUUCAAGGUACCUUGCACAUCGGUCUACCUCUGUUUCGGGACAAACCCGUCCUUCAGUCUUACUCCGAUUCGGACUGGGCUGGAGACACGAAGGACCGAAAAUCCAUGACAGGUUACUGCAAUUUUCUUGGCUCAUCUCUCAUAUCAUGGAGUGCAAAGAAGCAAAAUGCAGUAGCUCGUUCGUCCACCGAAGCAGAAUACCGAGCCCUCGCCUCCACGGCCGCUGAGAUAACGUGGAUCGGUGCUUGCUACAAGAACUAA